AUGGCGGAGCCCCAGAGGCCAGCGGGAAGAGCAGCCUCAGCCGAGGCGGGUCAUCUUUAUCCCGUGGAUAUUAAAGAAGAAAAGCCUGAAGUUCUAGAAGCUGCGGCUCAGGAAUGUUACGCAAAACUCUUGGAACAGCCUUCAUCAGUUGUGGAGUUUUGCUCUAUCCCAGGAAGAGAGAGAGUUAAACUUGAGGCUUCCUCGGUGCGUUCCCUUUCUCUGUACAGACAAGAUAGCCAAAGGACUCUCCUGGUUUUAAAUGACCCGCAGCAAAAAGACACAGUUUUAGCUAUUUAUUUGCACAAUUCUUGGUGGCCCGUUGAAGAUAUAGUGAAGACGGCUGAUCCUUCCCGAGAAGGGCUGAUACAGGUCCAGACGUUUAGGGAAAGAAUUGUCCUCUUUGUGCUGAACUACAUCAUUUUUGGAAUGCAAGAGAGGAGCUCGACUUGGGAUGCAGUCUUCGUGCCUCACUCUGAGAGGGAGCGUGCCAAAAUUUUCUGGAGGAGUGGAGAAGCAGUUGCCUUCUACACAGUCAAAGCAAAAGGAAGCCUCUGUGAUGAACACAGCAGCCGGUGCUACCAGCUCCCCGUACUGGACACGGUCUUUGUCCGCAAAAAGUUCAGAAGAUGUGGACUUGGAACAGCAAUGCUGCAGGAUUUUUGUGAGACAUUCGCCACUGAGGAUGCCUUGGGAAUCAGCUGCCCUAUUUCUGCUGAGAUGUACCAAGUUUGUCGACAAUUCUUGGACACCCAUCCAGAAGAGCAAUCUCGACUGUGGGAAGUGGAAGCGCCCGGGGAUUGGAGCCAGCGCACCAGUAUCUGGCUAACGGUUCAACUGGCACAAAAUCAUCCAGAAAGAGAAAUUACUAACGUCCUUCGUUGUGAUUUUUCCCCCCCCUCUUGGGAAAUGGCUUCUACCACUGCAGAUGAUGACCUGGCCUGUCGAACAGAGAACCCUCAAGAGGACGAACCUGGAGACGCAGGGGACGGCCAGGUGAACAAGGGAGCUGCCCAGGUUCUGAAUGUCUGGGCGUUGCGCGAUCAAGCAGAGGAGUUCAAAGAUGACUGUGAUGAGCCGCUAGACUCACAGCCUGGGGCUGAGGAGCACGUCAGUCAACGAGGAGGGGAAAUGUGUCAAUAUAAGGAGCCAAAGAAAAGAGUAAGAAGGGGAGGGCCAAAGGAAGACAGAGCUCCCAAGCAGCUUAAAGCAGUGCCCUACGACAGAGGCGACCGUUCCUGAAGGGGUGCUCCCUGCAGACUCAAAGGUGAUGCCUCCUGGAUUCUUCAGAAGCGCCGUCUGCCCCAGUGAGAGGGAGGAAAGCCAGGACAGGCUCUUUGCUUU